GGGCUUUGCCCGCGCAGGUUCGAAUCCUGCAGUUGUCGUCAUUCUUUUUUUUCAUGAGCAGCCGCCUGCAUACACUGGCUGACUCCGAGUCUUCCCCACCCUUCCCCAUUGCUGUUUCAUCACCCCCGCCAGCAUCACCAACUUCUAGCCCAAAUCAGUCCAGCUACACUCUCGCCCCUGCCAACGCCCCUUCACGCCUCCGACAAUCCUUCCAGGCCAAUUCUCAGUCUCGAUUCUCCACUCUCAAUUCCACCUGAAAUUGAUCGUCAUCUGACUUUCCUAUCACGUUUACGGCCGAGACCAGCUGAUUUAUGCAUGAGCACUUGCCGCACCCGUCCUAGUUACAAAGUCACGAUAUAUACCCCCC